AUGGACCUUUGCUCAAAAUCAAGACUCGUUCUGCUCUUGACCUUGCUCGAUGUCGCUCUCUUCCCGGCAGUCCAUGCUGCUCCUGCUACGAAUACCCCGGUACCCCCUCUCCAAUGGCUCGAAAUCACUAACCAGAUUACUGGCUCUCCUGCUCCUCCUGGACUAAGUUAUGCAUCUAUCGGCUUUGAUCCUACUUCUCGUACUAUCUUAAUAUUUGGUGGCGAGUCCAACGGCUUUCCACAGCAACAAACAUAUCUUCUCAAUCUCUCUGGUCUUUCAUGGUUCUCCCCCCAUUCAACUGUUGACACUUUGGCCGAUGUAAAACCGCCUCCAAGAAGCAUGGCUAUUAGUGGAGACGAUUUUGCUGCGAGCAACCGCCAUGGCCACGUAGUCAUCGGGGGCAAGGGCCAGAACGGUCAACCGCUUUCGGAUGCUUGGGAAUUCGAUUACAUCAACCAAUUCUGGACAGAAAUAAAUAUAUCUCCCGGUGGUCCAUCUCCCCGGUAUAGCGCCUCUGGCGGCAUCGAUGUGACGGCCAGCCCAGUUACCGAUCUGAAUGUACAAGGACCCAACAAUACCUUCUAUCUCGCUGGUGGUGAUGAUGGACAGAAUGCACUGUCCUUAUCAGAUGUCUGGGAGUUCGAGGUCGCUGGAGUCUUGACAUCUAACAAUGCGAAUAACGUAGUUGGCAGUUGGAAGCAAAUACAAUUUUCGGACAGUCUCCCAACUCGUGUACGCCAAGGCGGUACUGUUAUGCCCUCUGCUCUGGUUGUAGCCGCUGGUGGUUGUCCCUCCACUAGCUCUACCGAUAACACGUGUGCGCAGCAGGAUUCCCAUGUGCUAAAUGUAAAUGCUACGAGGGACAUUUCACCUGAUGGUUGUCCUGCUCCUCGUGUCGGGCCAGUGAUUGUUCCAAAUCUAAACCUGGCUUCGUCGAGCUUUGCUACUCAAGCGCUCAUGCUCUUGGGGACUUUCAACAUUUCACUUUGGGAUGAUGGCAACGGUUUGAACCGCGGUGAAGUGGACAUCCUCGACGUUGAUACUGGUGUAUGGACUCGCGUCAUUCCUGCUGGAGAUCCCUCUUCUGGUACCGUUAAAUACCCCGCACCUCGAGAAGGCGCUGUUGCAUUUUCAUCGGCAAACGCGCUCGUUGGAGCCAAUCCGUCAGUGGGCUCAGAUAUACUGGUCUUUGGAGGGAAAGACGCCAAUGGAAAUUAUCUCUCCGACGUGUGGGUUUUGCGAGGGUACCGGGGUCAGAUCACCGAAUCAAAUGGGACAUGGUCUGGAUUCGGCAACGGGCAGCUAGGUUCAGGCGCUGAUGCUUCUGGGACUGGAGUAACAGUGCAAUACCUCACAUCGUGUGCACAAGCCCUCUCCCCAGCUGCGACGUCUUCGAGUUCCGGACCCUCAUCUUCAUCUCCAGCCACUCCUACGUCUCCAGGAAGCUCUGGACAAAAGUUCUUCCCAUAUGAUACUGGGGCUGGCCAUAAGGUGUCGUCCCCAGUAUCGGUGGCGCUUCUAUUGGCGGCACUGGUGUUCUACCGAAUGUCGAUGCCAUUGACGGCUGCGGGAGCUUUGACUAGCCCUCGCGUCGGCUUUAUUUGGCUUGCUGGCUUGACAGGACUUGCAGCUUUUGCUGUGGGUAUUGCUGGCGUGGUCCUCGCAUUUACAACAAUCUCCUCAACUUCAGGUGGUUCCUUGAGGAAGAGAUCUUCCACGAGCCUCUUCCUGAAGACGAACCACGGUAAAGCGGCUCUUGCAUUCUUUGCCAUUCUGUAUGGCGCGCUGCCACUUUUAUUCGCCCUUUCGUUUAUAAGAAGGCGCAAACGCCCAAAGCAAGCCCUUAUCAAUUCCGAACAAGUUAAGGAACGAGAGCGACAGGACUCGAACGAGACAGGAUUCACAGCUCUCAUGACCCCAGCGAGGGAGAAGGCGAUGAACGGACAUCGAGCGACGGCUUCAUCUCCGGAUGUUACGCAGAUGACGCAGCCAGAUUCUCCGGUGACGGAGUCUCGAACCCGUAGACGUUCGUUCUUUGGUGGACAUCUGUGGUACGGACACAAAAAGGAACGACAUUCGACCGAAAGUAGUGGCCCGCAGGAUUCCCUCAACGGUAACGAUACAAAGCGCAGCUUCGAGGUUCUUAACAGAGGCAAUCGUCCCAGAAGGUUAAGCGGCUCGGCAUGGAAUGCACUGUCUAGCGAGGGUGGACACAGUGUGCAAGCGAGCAUGCCACGUAGUCUUAGCGAUCUGAAUUGGCUUGACAGGCGGCACAACGUCGCCGCAUUCAGUGAUCUUGAUUACGCCCUCACCCAGCUUGACCGUGCCCAAGCCGCAACACCGAGUGCUGACCUUCGUCCCACUUCUAGGACAACUACCCCGCGUCCUCGCCCCAUUCUCCCUCCCCGUCCCUUGUCCAUCCUACAUGUCCUUCUCCACGCCGCAAUCUUUGGCAUUUGCAUUGUCGUCCUCGUCCAACUUUGGGAACGCGCUCCGAAGGCCGCGUUUGCCGUAUUCCUUGUUUGGACUAUUGCAUUUUAUAGCAUCCUUAUCCUCCUUGCAUGGAAAGGUAUGCCGAGAGCUUCAAUCCUCUCGGUACUUCUAUCCAGUCUCCGAUACCAUAAUGAAGCCUCACAGGCUCCAGAUCCAUGUUCCGCUCCAUCGUCUCGACCGUUAUCGAGGAACGAAUUAUAUGCAUUCCCCACUGAACCUCGUAGUCCUUAUACAUUCCACCAGCCGCCGGUUAGGCGAGCGGUUUCUACCCAAGAGGAGGACCUCCUUUCAUCUAAUAGCCAUGGCGGGCACCGCUUCGACGGUGAUGACGAGGACGAGGAGACACAGCAAAGACGCAUUGAAGAGGAGAUGGCUCGUCGCGAUGUCUCGAUCGUCACAGUACCGAAGCGCAAGCUUUGGAUAACAAACCCGUCGUGAUUAUUUGAUAUAUUAGUCGUAGUGCAUUCCAUCCCACCCAUUCAUUCACUAUUCACCAUUCGGACGUUCGCUCGCCACUUAUUCGCAUUAUCCAGUUUAGUAGUUAGUCAGUCAGUUAGUAUGUAGUUGUCCAAUUCUCCCUUUUUCCACCUCACCUCUGCUUUCUUUUAGUUGUUACCUUUGCUAUCUCUUAUUUCUUUCUGUCUCUCUCUCUCUCUCUUCUCCUCUGCAAGCACAUUGUGUAAUCAACUGCAUGUCCACUCUCUUGGUUUUGAUGAAAGGCCUUGUGUAUUUUGACUCCUGCUGCUUCUGC